UCUUUCCGGUUGUUGGCUGCUGCAGGCCCCACCCCGACUGGGCCCUGCGCCCCCCCGCCCCCCGCGGCCCCCAGCCGCCGGGCCCGCCGCCACCAUGAAGAAAUUCUUCCAGGAGAUCAAAGCUGACAUCAAGUUCAAGAGCGCGGGACCUGGUCAGAAGCUCACGGAGUCCGUGGGGGAGAGGGCCCCCAAAGAAAAACCCAACCAGCCAGCACUGCGGCAACCCCGCCAGGGACCCACUGAUGAGGCCCAGAUGGCGGCCGCAGCAGCCCUGGCCCGGCUUGAACAAAAGCAGCCAAGGGCCCGGGGCCCCACGUCGCAGGAGUCCAUCCGGAACCAGGUGAGAAAGGAACUUCGAGCUGAAGCGACUGUCAGCGCAAGCACAGAGGCCCCAGGGACCAACACGGUGCCGGAGGCCAAAGAGGAAGGCUCAGCCCAUCUGGCAGUGCCCAGUGUGUGCUUCACGUGCCCGCUCACCGGGGCCACGCUCAGGAAGGACCAGCGGGACGCCCACAUCAAAGAGGCCAUUCUUUCGCACUUCUCCACCGACCCUGUGGCUGCCUCCAUCAUGAAGAUCCACACGUUCAACAGAGACCGGGACAGGGUGAAGCUGGGCGUGGACACCAUUGCCAAGUACCUGGACAACAUCUGCCUGCACCCCGAGGAGGAGAAGUACAGGAAGAUCAAGCUGCAGAACAGAGUGUUCCAGGAGCGCAUUAACUGCCUGGAAGGGACCCAUGAGUUUUUCGAGGCCAUUGGUUUCCAGAAGGCGCUGCUUCCGGUUCCUGAUCAGGGUAAGGGAGGUAGAGCAGGGUCUUGGCUGUGCUGGGAGGAGGGCAGCAGGGUGGGGGGCUCUCCCCGCGGCAGCAGAGUGACCCUUGUGCGCGCUCCAGAGGGCCCCGAGGAGUUCUACGUGCUGAGCGAGGCCGCCCUGGCCCAGCCGCAGAGCUUGCAGAGGCACAGGGAGCAGCUGCUGGUCGCUGAGCCCGUGCGGGCCACCUUGGCCCGCCAGCGCCGGGUCUUCCGGCCCUCGCCCAUGGCCUCCCAGUUUGACCUGCCCGGGGACUUCUUCAACCUCACGGCGGAGGAGAUCAAGCGGGAACAGAAGCUCAGGUCCGAGGCCGUGGAGCGGCUGAGCGUGCUGCGGACGAAGGCCAUGCGGGAGCGGGAGGAGCAGAGAGAGAUGCGCAAGUACACGUACACGCUGCUGCGCGUCCGCCUCCCCGACGGCUGCCUCCUCCAGGGGACCUUCUACGCCCGGGAGCGGGUGGCUGCCCUGUACGCGUUCGUCCGGGAGGCCUUGCAGAGCGACUGGCUGCCUUUCGACCUGCUGGCCUCGGGGGGGCAGAGGUUGUCGGAGGACGAGAGCCUGGCCUUCAACGAGUGCGGGCUGGUGCCCUCGGCCCUCCUGACCUUCUCGUGGGACGCAGCCGUGCUAGCAGACAUCAGGGCCGCCGGGGCCGAACCGGACUCGUCUAUUCUGAAACCUGAGCUCCUGGCGGCCAUCGAGAAGCUCUCGUGAAAUAAAAGCAGGGUCGGCUUUAGCCCGCGUGGGUUUGUCUCAUGCUCUCCUGCUUCCUCCACCACUACCCCCCACGCUGUAUCCUCCCUCCCGGGGCCCCCCGCUCCUCCGGAACUGCCUGCCCUGGCCCACAGAGCACUGCGGGCGUAGGGAGGAGCGCUGGUUGGCUGCGACGUGUGCCUGGGACGGCCACCCGUUCACGGAGCCCCUGGGCAGGGGAGUAGGCCUGCGGCAUGGGCCCGGUCCCUGCGGGCUGUGGCUCAGAUGGCCGCGGCUGGCCCUAACACCGAGCCACGGGGUUGCUGGGGACAGCGGCAGUGGGAGAUGCAGGGCCUGUCAGGACACGGUUCUGUGAUUACGGAGUUACGAACCUGAAUAAACGACAUCGGACCAGGA